AAUAUAACCAAAAAGUUAAGUGAACUGGUAUAUAAUCAAAGCAAAUUAGCCAAGGAUCUAAUAUUGGGAAAAACCAUUUUUAAUAUAUCUUCUGGAGAAAACUUCAACAAAGAAUGGAAAACUUUUAAGAAAGAAAUUAAGAAAGGACUAGACGACCUAAACAUAUUAGAAAGUGUGAAAAAGAUUAUUGCAGAAAUCAACUCUGAAGAGAUAAAAAACAAGUUAAUAUUGAACACUGAGAAUGUAAACGGUAAUUUAGAAAAACAGAUAGUAAAAGGGUUACAAAAAUUAAUGUCUAAAAUGAAUACUGAAGAAUGUGAAAAGAUACUAGAAAAUUUAAAUGGAGAUAGUUUUUUUAACAUAUCCGGAACACCGGUAACUAAAGAACUAAAAGAAAGCCUGAAAUUUGGAAAAAAGUAUAACCCGUUUUUUAAGAUCGACAUUAAAAAAGAAAUAACGAAAUUUGAUGAACAAGUGAAACAAAUUCUAGUGAAUAUUACAAAACCAGGAAUAUCAUAUAUUAAGACAAAAAAUGUUUUUGUAAUCAUAAAACUUUUGUUAAAAUCUAAAAAUGUGAUAAAGAACGUAACACUUAGAGAAACUCUUUUGUCAAUUAAAAAAUCAUACUGCUCAGAGAAACGAAAGUUUUUAAAUUUCUUGAAAAACAGAUCUAAAACAUCUGAACAACUACGGUCAGAAAGAGAAUGGGAAAACAGUUUUAAAACAGAUGCAAGCAAUAUCAUAGUAGCAGCAGACAAAGGGAGCGAGAAUUCUUGAGACUUUUUGGAGCAUUAUCUCCAUCAGUAACGGGAGUAUCAGAAGCAAUCGAGAGGAUAAAAAAAUCAAAAACAGGAAACUGGGGAACAUCAAUAGAAAUGGAAGGUGAUUUUGGCGACUUAUACUCCAAUUGUAAUAAAAAACUUUUAAAAAGUUGCAUUAUAAAAGCAGGAAAAAUUGCAAAAUUAGAAAGAGACUCGGUAGAUUACAUAAUCAAACUCAUGGAAUGCUCAAUGAGUCAUUCAUAUUUUCAUGAACCACAAGGAAUUUUUAAAACACUAGAGGGAUUUUCCAUGGGUGACAAUUCAGCAGCAAGAGGGAGCGAACUUAUACUCCGAGUCUUUGAGCUAGAUAUCUAUAAAAGUAUAUACGAUAGGAAACUGAACAAACACGUUAAUAGAUAUUUACGGUUCCGGGAUGAUGUAUCGAUUCAUUUAACUGGGGAACCAGAGAAAAUGCUCAAAAUCAUGAAGAUAGUUAUAACUGGAUAUCCAAAAUGUAUCCAAUUUAAUGUGGAAUCAAGAUUGAUUUUUGGGAAAUUUUUAAAUAUCAAAAUCUUUAAUUUUCCUGGACAAAGUAAACCUACAACAACGGUAUUGAGAAAAGCAAGUUCUAAAUAUGAUAUUAUUCCUUUCAACUCAAAUAUAAGCGCAAAAUAUAAAAUGAUGGCAGGACUACAUUACUUUAAUACUAACAAGACACACACUUCCUCAAUUAGAGAACUGAGUAACCAAAACCAGAUAGUGAAAACAAUUUUACAAGAAAAGGGUUUUCCAGAAAACGAAAUUAGAAAAAUUAGAAAAGUUAGUAAAAAACGGCCAGAAAAACAAGAAAAGAAAAAAUAUAUAGGUACCACAGUGUUCGACAAUGUAAGCAAAAGACAUGUGUUCGUGAAAAAUGUGUUAAAAAAUUCAAAACUAGAUAAAGAUACAUAUUAUCUACCAGCAGAAAUACCUGGAAGAAAACUAGAGCAAUUUAUUUUCUCAAUCAGAAAAAUGAGAAACCAAUUAGAAUUUUAAUAAAGGUUUUUUUCAAAGAAAAUGGACAAUGACUGGAGAAAUUAGGUCGAAAUUAACAUAUAUA